AUGGACCACCAAGAGUACAUGAAUUGGGCAAAUCAACAGACUAUCGAGCUCUUUCCCGGUGUUGUACUCCCCAUUUCUAUGAUCACCGCUCCGAUUACCGAGGAGGAGAUGGAUUUCCUGAACGCUAAGAUGGCCGAGUUUGCGCCGCUCAACGCGCAGAUCAUCGAUGAACCCCGAUGGUAUCUUAGCGGCGUGCACCGAUCCAGGAUCGACCUCAAGGGCAUCGCAUCUGAGUCUUAUCAGUGCUCUGACGGUUACUGGCGUAUACUGGAAGGGGAUCAGUUGGAAAGUGCUAGGAGACGAACUACGAACCUCCAAGCCCCUACUAGGGCUGCCAUUCCCCGGCCUGCGGCCCUUCAGACUCCUGUCCAUCAAACUGCAGCUCUUCAGACUCCUGUCCACCAAACUGCGGCCCUUCAGACUCCUGUCCAUCAAACUGCAGCUCUUCAGACUCCUGUCCAUCAAACUGCAGCUCUUCAGACUCCUGUCCAUCAAACUGCAGCCCUUCAGACUCCAGUUGUACGAGCUACGGCCCACGACGCUCCAGUUGCCAAUGGACAGUUUGGUAAUGCGUUCUCGCAGACGGCGCACUUUCAAUGA